GUGAGAGUCCCGCCGAUGAGACUCAAUUGACCCAUCUCCCUUUCGUCUGAGCUGCAAAUCAAAGGUGCACAGCUUCGCAGCCACUCGCUUCAGUCCCAAGAUUUCUCGGCUUCACCGUAUUGCUGCUGCUGUCUAUCAGCGCCCAAACACCCAAGAAGCUCUUCACCUCACACGUUCGCACCAUGUCCAUCACCACGACUAACGAAAAGCAGUGGUUCAGUGAGACCGAGGCCAUGUGGCCGGGUCAGAAGCUCUCGCUCGAAGUGGAGGAAGAGCUCUUUCGCGGCAAGUCGGACUUCCAGGAUGUGCUGGUCUUUAAGUCAGCCACGUACGGCCAUGUGCUCGUACUGGACGGCGUGAUUCAGCUCACUGAGCGCGAUGAAUUCGCGUACCAGGAGAUGAUCUCUCACCUGCCCAUGUUCUCGCACAAGCAACCCAAGCGUGUGCUCGUUGUGGGAGGUGGUGACGGUGGCGUACUGCGUGAGGUGACCAAGCACGACUGCGUCGAGGAGAUCGUCAUGUGCGAGAUUGACUCGAUGGUGUGCAAUGUGUCUAAGAAGUACUUUAAGGACACGGUGGCUACGGCCUUCGAUGACCCGCGUGUGAAGCUCCUCCACGCCGACGCUGCCGUCUACCUGCGUGAGAACACGACCGAGAAGUUCGAUGUUGUCAUCGUGGACUCAUCGGACCCGGUCGGUCCCGCCGAGGUGCUGUACCGUGCAGAGUUCUACGAGAGCAUGAAGAACUCGCUGUCUCCAGACGGCAUCAUCUGCACUCAGGGCGAGUGCCUCUGGCUGCACUUGGACCUCAUCGUGGACGUCAUGCAGCGUUGCCAAAACCUCUUCCCCACGGUCAACUACUCGUACACGACCAUCCCUACGUACCCUUCGGGCCAGAUUGGCUUCAUUAUGUGCUCGCUCGACAAGAGUGAGGGUGUGUUGGCUAAGCCCAAGCGCACACCCGACGCCAAGAUGGAGGAGACGCUGCGUUACUACACCUCUCAGAUCCACGAGGCUUCGUUCGUGCUGCCCAGCUUUGCCGAGCGUAAGAUUGCCACCGUGCGCAAGUGA